CGUGGCGCGGAACCGGCACGGCGUGCGGUAGGGUGAACGCGCAGCCGGGCCCUUGGCUCAGUGCUCAGACCUACUCUCCAGGACUCCAGCUCUGCCUACAACAGGAACCAUGUCGGCCCUCAGCGCCCUCUUCAAAUAUGUGGAUGAGAACCAGGAUCGCUACAUCAAGAAACUGGCGGACUGGGUGGCCAUCCAGAGUGUGUCUGCAUGGCCCGAGAAGAGAGGUGAGAUCAAGAAGAUGAUGGACGUAGCAGCUGCAGACAUUCGGCAGCUGGGCGGCUCUGUGGAACUGGUCGACAUUGGGAACCAGAAGCUCCCCGACGGCUCUGAGAUCCCCCUGCCCCCCAUCCUGCUGGCCACCCUGGGCUCUGACCCAAAGAAGAAGACUGUCUGCAUCUAUGGGCACCUAGAUGUGCAGCCUGCGGCGCUGGAGGAUGGCUGGGACAGUGAGCCCUUCACGCUGGUGGAGCGUGACGGUAAGCUCUACGGCAGGGGUAGCACCGAUGACAAGGGCCCAGUGGCUGGCUGGCUCAACGCCCUGGAGGCUUUCCAGAAGACAGGCCAGGACAUUCCUGUUAACAUCCGCUUCUGCCUGGAAGGCAUGGAGGAGUCAGGCUCCGAGGGCCUGGAUGAGCUCAUCAUGGCGCGGAAGGAUACGUUCUUCAAAGAUGUCGACUAUGUGUGCAUUUCCGACAACUACUGGCUGGGCAAGAAGAAGCCCUGCAUCACCUACGGACUCCGAGGCAUCUGCUACUUUUUCAUCGAGGUGGAAGGCAGCGACAGAGACCUCCAUUCUGGGGUGAAUGGCGGCUCAGUUCAUGAGGCCAUGACCGACCUCAUCGCUCUCAUGGGUUGCCUGGUGGACAAUAAGGGGAAGAUUCUCAUCCCGGGCAUCAAUGAGGCAGUGGCCCCAGUCACAGAUGAGGAGCUGAAGCUGUACGAGCAGAUCGACUUCGACCUGCAGGAGUACGCCCGGGAUGUGGGCGCGGAAACGCUGCUGCAUGCCUCCAAGACAGACUUGCUCAUGCACCGCUGGCGCUUUCCAUCCUUAUCGCUCCAUGGCAUCGAAGGUGCCUUCUCGGGUUCAGGCGCCAAGACCGUCAUUCCCCGCAAAGUGGUCGGCAAGUUCUCCAUCCGGCUGGUGCCCAACAUGACCCCGGAGGUGGUCAGCAAACAGGUCAUAACCUACCUGAAUAAGAAGUUCUCCGAGCUGGGCAGCCCCAACAAUUUCAAGGUGUACAUGGGACACGGGGGGAAGCCCUGGGUGUCCGACUUCAAUCACCCACACUACAUGGCCGGGAGGCGAGCUCUGAAGACAGUGUUCGGCGUGGAGCCCGACCUGACCCGAGAGGGUGGCAGCAUCCCGGUGACAUUGACCUUCCAGGAGGCCACGGGCAAGAACGUCAUGCUGCUGCCUGUGGGCUCGGCUGACGAUGGCGCCCACUCGCAGAAUGAGAAGCUCAACAGGCACAACUACAUCGAAGGUACCAAGAUGCUGGCAGCCUACCUGUACGAGGCGUCUCUGCUGAGUGACUGAAUGUCCAGCUCCCUGGCCCACUCCAUCCCAUCCACUCAGAUGUCAUCAGGUCACCAGGAAGGACCGUGGGCAGCUUCAAGGAGGCCACGCCCUAUGGAAGGUUCUGUUUCUUCACAGGAAAGGGCCUGUCUCACUGUCCUCUGCUCUGGCCUGUCUGCCUGACUCAGGUCUCGCCCUUUCGUGGUGGACUCGCCCCUGCCCAGCUGCUGCCUCCUGUACCCUUUAAUGGCCCACCCAGGCUCAAGUGCGAGUACUUGGGGCUUGGUCACUGCUCAAUAAACGUGGCCAGCCUGGCUAUUGCUCU